AUGGACACCGAAACCAACCCUCGAGGCAUCCCUAGUUUUCCUUUCAUGAACAACGUGACAGACUACGUCAAGAGCAUCGACGAAGUGGAACCCACGCUGCAGAGGUUCCAGGAGAUGGUGUCCAAGUACACAUUCAUGCAGCAGAACGUGGAACGUCGGGCGAUCGGGUUGAAGGAGAAAUUGCCCGAGAUGAAGCGCACGCUGGAGGUGGUUAGGUUUUUGCAGAAGAAGAGACGGGAUCUCGCGGAGACGAACAACAACAAAGAAGAAGAAGAGGAGGAGGCGGAGGACCUCGAAGAUGAUGACGAUGUCCGCGCGAGAAGAAGAAGAAGAGACGAGAUCGAAACGACAUUCAGCCUCCAAGACACACUCUACGCCAAAGCCGUCAUCAAACCCGCCGAGAUCGACCAAGUCUACCUCUGGCUCGGCGCCAACGUCAUGGUCGCGUACCCGCUCGACGAAGCCGAAGAGCUCCUGCAGGGGAAACUGGAUAAAGCCAAAGAGUCCCUGAGUGCGUGCGACGAAGACCUCGAGUUUUUGAGGGUGCAGAUCACCACGCUCGAGGUCGCGAUCGCGAGAGUGCAUAAUUGGGAUGUCGGGGAGAAGAGGAAGUUGAGGGCCCAGGGGAAGUUGCCCGCGGAAGGUGAGGGUGGGAGGGACAAGGACUGA